AUAUAAUACCUCCCCCGUCAUGUCGACUGUACUUGCAACUCAAGUUCGCAAACACACAUCAAAGCCAACGCGUGCGGCAGGCAGGUAUUGGAAGGGUAAAGCACCGAAAGGAGCUGCCGAAUACCCAUCGGAUUCAGACGAAGGCGAUGAGCAGCCUGAGGUUCAGGAAGAAGGUGAUGUGCUCAUUGGUGGGGAGCAAGACAUUGUCGAGGAGGAGGAGGAUGAGGAAACGACACUUCCAGUAAAGACAGGGCAGGGUAGGGUGGUGAAGACAAUGAAUCUCACUCUAAAGGAUGUCAAUAUCUCGAAGGAAGGCAAGGUCAUUGUCGCGGGACGAGAAGAGUCUGGACGGACCAAGCUGGAGGAGGAUGUUGUGUCGGAAGAGGAGUCGGAGGAAGCACCAGACGAAGAAGAGGAUGAAGAGGAGGAGAGCGAGUCUAGCGAAUCUGAGGAAGAACCCUCAAAACCAUUAUUCCGACCCGUUUUUGUUCCCAAACGAGGUCGGGAAACGAUUGUUGAGCGUGAUGCAAUAGCUCAAGAAGCCGAGGAAGUAGAGAAGCGGAAACAAGAAACUGCUGAAGAACGGAAGAAGCAGAGUCACGACCUUGUUGCAGAAAGCAUACGGCGAGAACUGCUGGAGAAGGAGAAGGAGGAGGUAAUACCUGAUGUCGACGAUGCGGACGGUCUGGAUCCCGCUGGGGAGUUUGAGGCUUGGCGGCUGCGAGAGCUUGGACGAAUCAAAAAUGAGAAGGAGGAAGAACUUAGACGUGAAGUAGAAAGGGAAGAGAUUGAGCGGAGACGUGCUCUUCCAGAAGAACAACGUUUGAAGGAAGACCUUGAACGGGCCAACAAGUUACGAGAGGAUAAGCCUAAAGGCCAGCAGAAGUUCCUUCAGAAAUACUGGCAUAAAGGUGCUUUCCACCAGGAUGAGGCAAUCCUCACACGACACGACUACACAGAGGCAACUGAAUCUACGGUGGAUGUUUCGAUGUUGCCCGAAGUCAUGCGAGUCAAGAACUUUGGUAAACGCAGUAGAACCAAGUAUACCCACCUUCUAGACCAGGACACGAGUCAGGGGAGCGGAGGUUUUGGAGGUGCAGGAUCUGUAAAAACAGGUGGUCGAUCCACAGAAGGAGGUGGGGGGUGCUUCUUAUGCGGUGGUCCGCAUCUCAAGAAAGACUGUCCUCAAAAUAAUCAAUUACCUCCAGGAGCCCGCAGUUCCUUGGCUUCUGGUGCUAACGCGGCCACUAGCACAUCACGCGCAUGGGGCGAGCCACAAUCAUCGUGGCGCGACCGGCCCGAAGAUAAAGUUGAUCGUCGCCGCUCGAAGGAGGGAAAACCAAGGAGGGAGGGCUACGCCGGUGAUGAUAGAUCACAGGAAAAGAAUCGCGAUUACCGCAAUUCUGGAACUGGGCGUCGAAGAUCACGGUCAAGGUCACCUUAUCGCAGUCGCGUAGACUAUGAUGACAGACGGAGAGCAUCCCCGGAAAGAGACCAUGACGGUUUCAGGGAGAAGAAGCGGCGUCUGGACUGAGCCCAUGAUCUGUCUCACUUUGCUAUCUGAUAUGGCUUGGUACAUAUUGAGUAAUUGGUAGGAAAGGGUGGCAUGUAUUUCACGUGCAUUUAUUAAUAUCUUUGACCACAGCACAUAUAUAUACUACUAAUGCCGAUGGCAGAUGGCCAACUGAU